AUGAAGCUUACUCCAAUUAGAGUACGCGGGAGGCGUGGCCAGCACAAGCCCACUAACACGGCACCUUCCAAGACCAAGCAGCCCAUUAUGACCGACGAUGGCCAGGGAAGAAGAGACCGCCUGCAGCUACACAAGCUGCCACAGGAGAUCCUCGAGGUCAUCUUUGUCGCCUCGAGAAAUCUAUCCCUGCCUCUUGUCAAUUCUGAUCUGUACAAUCGCCUAUCCUCGCCUUCCGCCAAGUAUCAGCUAGUCAGCGCUGCUUUCGGGCUCACAUGGGACACAUACUAUGGUCUUGAUGCUAUCUCAGUCGCAUCCUACAAUGAAUGGUGGGCAGACGAGGCCCGAAUUAUUGGUGACCCAGCCUUCCAGUCUGCCAUUCUCCGUUGUUCUUGGGCAAAUUUUACCAUGAUGAUCACCUCCUUGGAAGUUUGGACUCGACAGCAUGCUCGCGGCCGUGCCUACUUCACCAUCCCCGGGGCUGAAGAGAGGACCAUGACCAUGCCAGACAAGUUUAUCUUUGACUUCAAGAAAUUCGAGCACGGACUCCCAAGCCGGGACCGUUUCCGCAAUCCUAAUGUUCUCCUUCUGGAUCAAGAGGCCUACCUCUAUGCCCUGCUGGGGUCGCACAUGGAGGUCCACCCCAGGACACAAAUACCAGACAAUCUACUUUCGGGGCCUUUCGAGUCAGAAGACGGAAGUGUUGACAUUGGGGAGGCCAAGAUGCGCUUCCUGUUCUGGCUAGUCCGUGGCGGAGCAUGUCUUCAAGCUGAGCAGAAUUGGGAGGUUCUGCAGGGUGGUGUGAGAGCCAUUGUCAAGCUCAUCACAGGUGCAGGAGGGGAGGCCACUCUCAUCAAUGUCCAGAGACGGUUCGCCCUAGCCACGCAACUCUUCUCUCUUUAUAAUUUGCUGGGCGUAUUUGAAGCGCACUGGCCUGAUUACAGCUUAGUGGGAGAUGGCGUCGACCAAAGCAUGAUGAACCCCGGUUCCAGCAACAAUACCGGAGGGACCUUGCACAGGGAUGGCACAUGCAGGUCUCGACAGAACGCGCCAGGCUCUUCCAAAAUAUCACGGAUGAAGAAGUGCAGGCUCCACAUACUUUCGACCUUGGAGCUGCAGAGGUGA